AAGCAAAUCUAUGUACUGGCAUGCAUGUAUGUUAUCAUGUUAUGGGUUAUUACACUAUAAAUUAAAUUAGAAAAGGGAAAACCACCGAUCCACUCAGACACACACCUCGUUUUCAGCUUUCCGUCCAUAUCAAUCUCCGCUGUCCUCCCCUCUGUUUCUCGAGAAACAAACAAAACAAAAAACACAACAUAACAUAACCUCUUCUUUCUUAUUUAUUUGUUUCAACAACCUUUUCUCUUCUCUUCUCUUCUCUUUAUUAGUAAAAACUGAAUCUUUUGGAAUAUCCCAUCAUCCUAGGCUCUCUCUCUGUAGGGAUCUGGCUCUGGCUCUGGCUCUGGCUCUGUUUCAUGGGUGCGGAUUUCUCUGCUUUGUUCUUUGGCCAAGGCUCUAAUGCUUGUUCUAAUGGGUCUAAUUUGGCUUUGCAAUCAAAACCCAAUUUGGGUGAUUUACCAGAGGACUGCGUGGCUCUGAUUCUGGGUUACUUUGACCCCCCAGAGAUUUGCAAAUUGGCGAGUAUGAAUCGAGCUUUUCGUGGCGCUUCCUGGGCUGAUUUUGUGUGGGAAUCGAAGUUGCCCUCGAAUUAUGAAGUUCUUCUUCGGAAAGUGUUCGAUGAUGUGCCUGAAAAUUUGGGUAAGCGACAGAUUUAUGAAAGACUUUGUCGAGCUAAUAGUUUCGAUGGGGGUACUAAGAGAGUUUGGCUGCAUAAAAGAACAGGUGGUGUUUGUUUGUCCAUUGCUUCAAAAGGGUUAGCGAUCACCGGGAUAGAUGAUCGAAGAUAUUGGAAUCAUAUCCCAACUGAAGAAUCUAGAUUCUGCACAGUUGCAUACCUUCAACAGAUUUGGUGGUUUGAAGUUGAUGGGGAGGUGGACUUCCCACUUCCACCAGGGUCAUAUAGCGUAUUCUUCAAGCUGCAGCUUGGACGGGCAUCCAAAAGAUUUGGUCGGCGAAUUUGUAAUUCAGAGCAUGUUCAUGGAUGGGACAUUAAGCCAGUGCAGUUUCAGCUAUGGACUUCAGAUGGUCAGCAUGCUGCAUCAAAGUGCUUUUUGAAAGAAACUGGAAAAUGGAAUUACUACCAUGUUGGGACCUUUGUUGUUGAUGGCUCUAAUGCAUCAACCAAAAUUAAAUUCUCUAUGACCCAGAUUGAUUGUACGCAUACUAAAGGUGGUCUCUGUUUAGACUCUGUAGUUAUAUACCCGAAUGAAUUUAGAGAGAGGUUAACGCAUUUUUGACUAGCAGUUAACCUCGUUAGAUAGGAAUUUCUGUAUUAUAUAGAGUUAGGAAAUGAGUGUCCUACAAAUACUGAAUGGUUUUUUUUCUUAAAGCCUAGAAUUUGUAUGCAAAUGAGGCAAUGUGUAUAUUGGUACCCCCCACUUGUUUAAUGGAAGUGUUAAUUAAAUCUUCUGAACGUUUUUUCUA